ACUUGUCUUUAUCUAUGGUUUCAGUCCCUUUCACAAUUUGUGUUGCUGCUGUUUGUUCUUCGAUUUUCGCAAUCUUCGAAAAUCUUACUAAACUCGGAAUAAUUUUCAUCGAAAAAGUAAAGUUUCCCAAUUAAACACCAUGGCAGACAAGACUGAGGAGCUAGUCAAGAAGAAGAGGACCUUCAAAAAGUUCACAUACAGAGGUGUUGAUCUGGACCAACUUUUGGACAUGCCAAAUGAACAACUCAUGGAGUUGAUGCACUGUCGGGCAAGGCGACGUUUUAGCCGUGGACUGAAGCGCAAGCCAAUGGCCUUAGUUAAGAAGUUGCGAAAGGCCAAAAAAGAAGCACCACCACUAGAAAAGCCGGAGAUCGUGAAAACUCAUCUCCGGAACAUGAUCAUUGUUCCUGAAAUGGUGGGAUCCAUCGUGGGCGUUUACAAUGGAAAAGCCUUCACACAGGUGGAAAUCAAACCUGAAAUGAUUGGACACUAUCUGGGAGAAUUCUCCUUGACUUACAAACCUGUGAAGCACGGUAGGCCAGGUAUUGGUGCUACUCACAGCUCCAGGUUUAUUCCUCUUAAAUGAAGAACUAGAGUGGUAUUUAAUAAAAAAAUCUUUAUUUGGGAUGGGGUGAUCCCUUCCGAAAUGAAGAUUAAAUUUAAAAGUU